AUGGCUGAACCAAUAGGCCUCGCCUCAGGAAUACUGGCCCUGGCGACGUUUACUUUCCAAUGUAGCGUUUCGCUUUUUGAGACCGUCAACAGCUUCCGCUCCCACCCGAAGCGCGUGCGCGAUCUUCUCGAGGAGCUGGAGGCUUUGAGUGCUGUGCUAGGUCCACUCGCCGAUAUACUCAACACAACUUCUGAUGUUGAUCUCUCAUCACUCAAUCUGCCUUUAUUGCGGUGCGGGAAUGCUUGCAAGGAAUUCCAGCAGGAAAUCAUCCAAUGCUCCUCUCGAUCGACUGGCAACCGUACGAGUUUUCGGGACUGGGCCAAGCUGACGUACAUGGGUGACGAUAUCGAUGGCUUUCGAAGGCUGCUGGCCGGAUAUAAAGCGACCAUAAACAUUGCUCUCACCGAUGCAAAUCUUCGUCAGGCUUCAGUCACUGCCGAGAAUCUAGAGGACUAUAAACACCUCAUCCAAGAUGCCAAAGAUGACCUCGAAGCUCGCUUGGAAGUCAUAGACUUGAAACUGGGACAGAUUGUUGAAAACAAUGCGGUCCGGUCCGACGUAGAUGCCGCCGAGCUGCAGUCCAUGAGAGAAGAGCGCUUAAGUACAGAGAAGUGCCUGCUGAUCUGCACCCAGCUUUCCGAGCACAUUGAUCAAAUCCAGUUAAUGUCCGACCGAAGUGGGACCCCCGGCAGUGCAACCAGCGCGAAUACCUUGCCCGAGACGGUUACCAACGAAGGCCUGCAGGAAUGCAAGAACAGCUUGAUUCAAACAGCUGCGAAAUUAGAAAAACAUAUGCAAGAUAUUAUGGACCGGAUGCUCUCAAAAUCCAAGAUUAUAUCAUCUGAACAGGACGCCGCCGACCUGACAAGGUUACGUGACGAGUGGAAGACCGCUCGGCAGUGCUUGGAUAUCUGCUCGCGGGCAGAUACUCACGUGAAGGAAAACGUUAGUGUGAUCGAAAAUUACGGCCUUGGCGACUCCUUGCAAUUCAUGGUCUCCACCAAUGGGCAGAUCCUCCACGGAAAGAAUCGAGGAUUAGGCUGGCGUACGAGGCAGGUGGGGGGUUACGUGAGUGACGAGUCUGUACAACAGCUAUCGCGGGACAUAGCAAGCACGAGCUUGCAUCAUGUGCGAGUGGGAAGCCCACUUUCAAGAGACGACACCACACCUGCAUCCGGCAACCGGGCAGAAGGAGAGACGACUGCAGCAUUCAAGGAACGCUACGGGUCUGGCUUUAAGCUCAAACCGAUGGCCUCACCAAAUAGCACUCCGUCCGUUGUAGGAUCGGGCAGUGACUAG